GUUUAUAAAUACUUAUAAAAAAUAAUACACACACUAUCCAUUUCUCUCAAAUUUUCUUCUUCGUUUCAAUUUUACCCUUUACUUUUCUUCUCCUCUCUCCCUAUAUCUCAGCAACCCUCUGAUCAGGCUAAAGAAUUCGAUGGUAAAUUAAUAGCUCAGGAAAUAAUCGUUAAGGUGUUUGCCUCGUUAUUUCAUUUGUAGAAUCAAAUCAAAGUUUAUUGCAUUUCAGUUGCUUAUACAAGUAGAAUUCAGAAGUUUCUGAUUGGGAUUUUUUGCUGGAUUACUUCCAGGAGCAAGUAUAAUUGCUGUUGAAAGAUUAUAGUUUGUAAGUUUAAGCCUUACCUUGUUCUGUUGUCCAUUUUGUUAUUUGCAUCUAAAUAAUAUUUGUUGUGAGUUUCUACUCACUUAAAUUUUUCUGUCAACUCUGGUCAAGACGCAUGCCGACUUUCAUAGUCAAUGCUCCGCCGUCUUGUAUUGAGCAAGCCCCUUUGUAGUUUAUAAGAGGCCUAGUUUGCCAGUUCAUUUUCCUUUAUUUUUUUUCCAACUAUGCUAUAAACCAUUGAGAUUUGGAAUAUGAAGAGUAAGUUGAGAAUGGGUAAAGAUAGGAGCAUGAAAAGAUGAUGGAUGUGGAUCGUUGAGAAUGGGUCAAGAUGCCUACCGGCUUUCAUAGUCAAAGCUAUGCCGUCUUGUUUUGAGUGAUUCCGUUUGUAGUUUAUAAGAGGCCUUGUUUACCAGUUUAUAAUCCUUUUAAUUUUCAACUUGCGAUAAACCAUCUUGAUUUGGAAUAUGAAGAGUAAGUUGAGAAUGGGUAAAGAUAGGAGCAUGAAAAGAUGGCAAAUGUGAAUUGUUGCAUGACAGUCUUUGUUAGAGCAUCUUUUAGUCGUUACUUUAUAAAUCAGAGUGAACUGCUGGACAUGAAUAGUUUUGGUCUGCAAUAUUGUUUUUAUCGUCCCACCUAAACAUGGACAAGGUAAGAACACCGGAGCUGAUAGCUGGGGUGUAGCAUUUUUCCAUUUUACAUUUGUCCAUAUCUGGAUGGAACUUUCGACUCUUGUAUAUUGUUUGUAUUCAAGGUAGCUGGAAGUUAGCUAUUUAUUACCAAAAGUAGAGCUUACAUUUUAUAUCAGCAAUCUACUUUAAAGCUACUAGAUAAUUUAUGACAUUCUUGGGAACUGAAUUUGGGAUCUAAGCUUCUGGUGUUAGUGGAGAUGCAUAAAACUUUCGGUUCCACCACAAAACAAUGUGCUUUUUGUUUGUUUACAGACAUCAGUUGGUUCUUUUAAGUGGCUAAAACUUGGUACUCAGUUUGAAUGUAACUUUGAAGAUGCAUCUGAAUGACAAAAAAUUGCAUUUGGUCUUGUUGUAGGCCAAAUGAAUUAUUUAUUUCCUUUUCCUUCACUGUUUCAACUUUCAGGGGCUUAAGAUUUGGUUGGUCGUCUCAGGGUCAGUAAUUGUGGCAUGUUAAACUUUAUUAGAUGAGAUAAAUGUAAGGGUGACAAAAUGUAUCUGGACCAUGAGUACUCUGUAUGCAGCCCAUUUAAAUUGAAUUUUUCCGUUUGAUUGGGUAAUGGGUAUGGGUAAGACCCAAACUCAUACCCAAACAAUGUUUUGGGGUUUGGUAGGGUAUGAAUCAUGUACUACCUACCAAUACUCAUACCGGACAUACCUAUACCUAGCUAAAUCAUUGAAACUUUUGAUCCAUACUAUAUACAUAGAUUGAAGUUUACCCUACAACAGCUUUUGAUAAACCUACAAUUUGAUCAUUGUUUUCAAUAUUUGUUUUGGGUUGUUAGGAGAUGGGGAGGUGGGUAAGUGAACUGAAAGUGUUGGAGGAACCGUUGGCAAUAGCUACUAUGAUAGAUAAGAAAUUUGUGCAUUUCUGGUGUUUUAAUGUAGUAGGAAGGUAGAUGUCAGCAAUAAGUUGUCGUAGAAAUAACUGCCGUGCAAGUAUGAACAGCAUUUGGUACUGAUAGAAACAUGAGGAGAUGUGAUAUAUGAACAGGAUGUUGUUCUAUUUUGUGAGAAAGGACAGCACAUGUGACCUUUUGUAGAGAUAAAAUCUGUUACAAUGGUCCUACACCUGUGAUCCUACUUGUUAUUAUUCUUACUGUAUUGCUAGAAGUGUAGUUGUGAGCAGUGACUUAGCCAUAAAUUGAAAUUAAGAGGGGCAAAAUGUAAUAUUUAUCUAUGGAACAUGUAAAAGUUAGAACUCAUUAAAAUUAAGGGGGUCAACAUGUAAUAUUUCCCUAUGUAACAUGUCAAAAAUAGAAAUCAUUUUAACGAACUUCACUUAGAUUUUUCUUUUUUAAAUUAAGAGGGGCAAUUGUCCCUCUUAUCCCCAAGGCAGCUAGGCCACUCGUUAUGAGAAAGACUUGUUUUGAGGUCUUAAGAUAUUGACGAGUUCAUUUUUAAGCUGGCAUAGCCUUUGAACCAUCACGCCAGUCACAAUUCCCCUAUGAUGAUGUGUCCUUGGUAUUUUCUAUGUCAAAUAGUAAAACCAUGUUCCUUUUGAAUCCUAUGAUCUAGCAUGGUACUUUAUUAAUCAUCUCUUGAAUAAUGUAGAUAGACAACGAUCCCUGAAAAGUCUUAGAACCAUAAAAAAUUGUACGAUGCUUUAAGUUUUAUAACUGUGAUCAAAAUACUGAUACUUCCUGUCAAUGGUAUUCAGUUAAAGGGUGUGAUUCCGUUAAUGAUACUAAUAAUGCUGUUUCGCCUGAACCAUGUUAGAUAGUAUACUAUUGUUAUUCUUAUGAUUUUCUAUGUCGAGUAACUGAUUACAGAGAAUCCAAGAUGACUGGUGUGAAACGAAGGCAUCAUACUGAUUCAGAUAUCUGUAGUCUUCACAAAGAAUUAGAUGAGGUCUCAUGUCCUAUCUGCAUGGACCAUCCACAUAAUGCUGUUCUCCUCCAAUGUAGCUCUCAUGACAAGGGCUGCAGAUCUUACAUUUGUGAUACAAGUCACAGGCAUUCAAAUUGCCUAGACCGCUUUAAAAAGCUGAAGGACUAUUCUGGGAGCAAUAAUGCAACGUCUGAUGAUUCUUUACCAGUCAACUCAUUCAGCUCCAGGAAUAUCUCUGGUACCAGCUUGAUGUUGGGAACUCGUACACUUGGUUCUAAUGAAAACCGCAAUCUAAAUGAUAGUGACAUCAUAACCUUAGUUGGAACGCCGGAGCAACAUUCGGAAAAUAGUGUCCAAAAUACUAGUCGGCAGUUAGAGGCGCAACGAGGAGUUUUGGAGGCAGGUGAUUCUGAUAGGAUUGUACUUGAAGAGGCUGAUGUUGUGAACUCAUCAGAUUCAGGGUUGAGUUUAAAAUGCCCUUUAUGCAGGGGAACAGUAGUAGGAUGGGAAAUUGUGGAGGAGUCAAGAAAAUAUCUAAAUUUGAAGCAGCGAAGCUGCUCCCGGGAAUCUUGCUCCUUUUCUGGAAAUUAUCAAGAAUUGCGCAGGCAUGCUAGGAGGGUUCACCCAACUACCCGGCCCUCUGAUGUAGAUCCCUCUAGAGAACGAGCUUGGAGAUAUCUUGAGCGACAGAGAGAGUAUGGUGAUAUUGUCAGUGCCAUUCGUUCAGCCAUACCGGGUGCUGUUUUGGUUGGUGAUUAUGUUAUUGAUAAUAGUGAUAGAUUUUUAGGUGACAGGGAAAGUGGCACGAGUGAUGCUAAUACUCCAUUGUUGACUACUCUCUUUUUAUUUCAAAUGAUUGGCUCAGUUGAUGGUACUGCCGAACCAAGGGCUCGGUCAAGAGGUUGGACUAGAAACCGCAGAUCAGGUGGUGCAUUACCUGAACGACCAUACCACUGGGGUGAAAAUCUAUUGGGUCUGCAGGAUGAUGAUGACAACAAUGACAAUGAUGCUAACUUGCAUAUAUUAAGUGACGCAGGUGAAGAUUCCUCUCCAGUCCCGAGAAGAAGACGUCGUUUGACUAGAUCAAGAUCUGACGACUAAUGGUUGGAGAUAUUCUGAAACUUCCUGCAGGACCAAGCGUGAGGGGGAGUUAUUGUUGAUGGUGAUUACAGGAAGAACAAAGAUCUAGUACUAUGAACAUUUCUAUCUCAGUUCAAGUUGGAUUCGAUUACCUGCAGUUUCUUCCACGAAUAUGAGAUGGAUCGAUGUUCUAAUGCCAACACUGUUUGUAUUUAUUGGAAGAAUAUUGUUAAUUAAUAGGGAAACAGAAUUUGUUGUGUUUUUCUUGCUUUUAAAUGGGAUGUAUAUUCUUCAGAUUGUUGUAGUUGUAGAAGUGUCUUAUCUUAGUCAUUGUAUUGAAAGCGUGAAGAUGCAACAUGACAAGAUUAUUACUAGUAAUUGCUUAAGACUGUAUUAUAAGUUUAGUUCA